GUCAUGCACACACAACACAAACACACGCACACACAUACAGUCCCUGUUUCUGCUAAGCACAUCACUUUGGUUUUUACAAAGACAAAGCAGCAGACGCAACAAAUCCAAGAAAACCAAAACUGAAUCAAAGCCCAUAACCAAAACAAUCUCUCUUUCUCUCUCUCUCUCUCUCUCUGAGAGCCAAAAGACCCAGAAAGGGAAAGUAAUGGGGGAUGAUAUGUAUGAAUAUGGCAAACAAUACUGUUCAUCUUCUGCUUCAGCUCCAGCUCCAGCUCCAGCUCCAGCUCAUCAGCCACGGCUUCCUUCGUCUUCUUCUACUUCAGACGAAAUCUCGCUUUUUGUUCAUCAAAUCCUUCUGGGUUCAUCUUCAUCUUCGCCUUCGUCUUCUCUGAUGGGGCACACGGGUGAACGAGCACAGCUCUACAACUCCAAAGUUUUUCCGGGAAAUCCUGACCUUUCAUGCCGAUCAGCGCUCGUCCAGGAUGGGAUCUCGGGCCUUGACUCCUCCAGUGGAGUGAGCACCACUGGCUCCGGUGUUUUCCUCUCCAAUGUGUCCACCUCUUCGCUUGGAGCGAGUGAGAAUGAGACUGACGAGUAUGAUUGUGAAAGCGAGGAGGGUCUUGAAACGUUGGUGGAAGAUGCGUCCGCGAGGCCGGUUCCUCCCCGUGGUUCAUCAAAGAGAAGCAGAGCUGCGGAAGUUCAUAACUUGUCUGAAAAGAGAAGGAGGAGCAGGAUUAAUGAGAAAAUGAAAGCAUUGCAGAAUUUGAUUCCAAAUUCUAACAAGACAGAUAAGGCUUCAAUGCUUGAUGAGGCUAUUGAAUACCUAAAGCAGCUUCAGCUUCAAGUACAGAUGUUAUCAAUGAGAAACGGCUUGAGUUUGCAUCCUAUGUGCUUGCCAGGGGCUUUGCAGCCUAUCCAAUUCCCCCAAAUGAGAAUGGACCUUGGUGAGGAAUAUAGACCUCUGCAUCUGAACAUGACAGGCACACAUAAUUUGAACAAAGAAACGCCAUUGCAUGAUGUGUUUGCUCUACCCAACCAAUGCACUGCAUCAAACCAGCCAUCUGUUUCCAAUAUGUCAAAUAUAAUCAAUUCAGAAACCCCAUUUGGGUUGGAAUCUUCAUUCCAGGCUCAUUUAGGACCCUUUCAGCUGCAUGCAUCUUCCGAGGAGAUCUGCAGGGGAGACAUUUUGCGGCAUCAGCAAUCAAAUGUAAACCAUCUUGAUACUAAUCCUUUAGAAAUUGAAAUGGGAGCCAGUGCAACAGUGUCACUUCCCUUCAAUACGCAAGCAUCUGAUCUAAAGGACAGCAGUUCUCUAGAAACAUGCAUUCCGGGAAGAGACCAGUCAGAAGAUGUGCUUCUAAAGAAUAUAGAACACAACCUUAUACUCACGCCACAUUUAAGCUUUGUAUCAAACCAGCAUACACCCAGGAAGAAGUGCCCCCAAUGAAGAUGUCAAGAGGGAAAGACCAGAAUUUUGAAGUUUGCUAAACUGUGUGACGCUCUUUAACUAUUUGAAUAUGGUGCAUGUAGCUUCAACUUCUACUACCUUUUGUAAUUCUUCAUACUGCUUAGGAGAGGAUCCGAUAAUUUUAACUUUUUUAUCUCAAGCUGAGCUGCGAUUGAGCAGAGAAUUUGUCUCAUCAAUGCAUUGGGCAAUGUUAUAGAACUACUGGUGCAAAAUGGGAGAUGAUCCAUGUGUUUCUCCUCGCUAAACCACCUCACCAAAAUGGUAACUGAUCGUGAGUUUGGAAGUGGAAUAACUGAUAUCUGAAAAGUUAUUUUGAUACAAUGUCUUGACAAUCAAAUAUAGUUUUUACUGCAACA